AUGAAACGUGCCGACCUGAUCGCAGCCCUCGAAGAGCUGGGGGAAUCUCCUCCAGGACGCUGGACUGUGACAGAGAUGCGCAGCCGACUGAUGCACCUGCACGAGGAACAUGGCAUCGUGCUGGGCAAGACCAAGCGCACCUCACUUCAGGAAAUGGUGGUUCAGCUGAACAAGGCCAGUGGUCGAAAGGCCAACCUCCAACAACACUGCCAGGACUUGGGAGUGCCCUUCACGGGCAACGAGACCAAGGCCCAACUCCAGAAGUCCGCCAUGAUCCGCAUCUACGAGAAGAGUGCCCCGGACCCUACCGACCCGGUGGGAUUUGAGAAGGGAGCGUCCCUCACCUAUGCCGAAAUCAAGGAGGAUCAGCAGUACUGCAACUGGGUGAAGCUCACAUGGCAGGAGAACCCAAAAUCCUGCUGCCCUCAGCUGGCACGCCUUGCCCAGUGGCUGUUGAACGAGAAUGUCAAGAUGGAACCGGACGAGAACCCCAAGACCUCAAAGGGUUACCCGAGCGAGCCCGACCUGAAGGUCAUCUCUCUCAAGAAAGAACCAUCACGCGCCGCCAGCAGCAGCGCUGCCAGCAGCAGUGUGCCCUCCUCAGCGAUUGUCGAUGUUCUCCAGACCUUGACCGAGACGGUGAAGGAGCUGAAGGACGAGAUCCAAGAUGCCAAGGAAGGGAAGCGCAAGGGUCAGAAGACCAGCUCGGACUCCGAGAGACUAGGUGGCAAUGAGUUUGAAGACAUCACACAGGAGGUGCCCACAGAGACUCAGUGGCAAGAGGACCAAGACGAGCCCAUGCCACCAGCCCCUCGUGAGGACAACACCGCUGUGGAGAUGGACAUACAACUUCCACAAAGCAAACGGCAGUGGCAAGAGUUCAUACAAGACCCAGGACCAGUUCAGAGAACAACAGGGAUGACCUCGACCGAGAUCCACCGGUCGAAAGAUGGUGUGCCGCAGUGGGAUGGGGACUCCGUGAGUUUCCAAGACUAUGAAGAACAAGCUCUCCAGUGGGAACAGGGUAUCCCAUACCACAAAAGAUACUUAGCUGGACCCAAACUAGUGGCAGAACUGAGUGGGCCCGCCAGAAGGUAUGUGAUGGGGAAGAGGCCGCAAUGGUUGUCAUUCAAUGGGGGUGUCCUCCACUUACUACAACACCUCCGAGAAUGCUUGGGAAGGCCAACGAUCCCCGAAACGACAGAGUACCUGAACAAGUACUUCCGCCAUAGUCGAAGACGACGAUUUGAGAACAUGAACACCUACAUCACCCGCAAGGUGGAAGUCUAUCAUCGAGCCCGACAGUCGCUCGCCCGGGUACAGCAGUUCUUUGGGAAACAUCACAGAGAUCACCGUGAACAUGAGUGGCAGCAGCGCCGUUGGAGCCAAUCUUCAUGGGAUGAUUGGCAGGGCACCAACUGGCAACGUCAGCCAGACCAGGAAGAACACGAUGAGGAGGAGCAAUGGUAUGAUCCUCCGAGUGAGGCACCGGAUGCACCUUCGUGGCACCAGUCACAAACCAGCUAUGGCUAUGGGUACAACCCCGUGGAUGAUGAGCCAUGGAAGCUGAACACCGAUGAGCUACCAGCCUACCUCCUGAAGCAGACCUACUCGAAGAUGCAUGGUGUCACUUGCCUGCGUUGUGGCAAAGGACAUAGAACCUCAGAGUGUCCUGAGAAGCCUCAGGAUCAGAAGAACCAAGGACAUGUGACCAUUACCGAAGAGGCACCCUUCUUUUGCUUCACCGAGGAGGCCCUGACCGUCAACGGCCUCGACACUGCACGCACUACCCAGGAAGCCGUUCUUGCUGGCUGUGCAGUGAUUGACGGUGGAGCUACAAAGACGUUGGGCAGUGUAGCUGCCAUUCAGGCAGUCAUGGAUCAGAACUUGGGAAAGCACGGCGAAAGCCGCAUCCAAGCCGUCGAUCCUCAGAACCAACCACAGUUCGGAUUCGGAAAUGGUUCACAAGACAAGUGCAUCUCCACCACUCAGUUGAAGGUGACAGCCAAUGACCGCCUCACCAUGGUCAGCCAGAUGAAACGUGCCGACCUGAUCGCAGCCCUCGAAGAGCUGGGGGAAUCUCCUCCAGGACGCUGGACUGUGACAGAGAUGCGCAGCCGACUGAUGCACCUGCACGAGGAACAUGGCAUCGUGCUGGGCAAGACCAAGCGCACCUCACUUCAGGAAAUGGUGGUUCAGCUGAACAAGGCCAGUGGUCGAAAGGCCAACCUCCAACAACACUGCCAGGACUUGGGAGUGCCCUUCACGGGCAACGAGACCAAGGCCCAACUCCAGAAGUCCGCCAUGAUCCGCAUCUACGAGAAGAGUGCCCCGGACCCUACCGACCCGGUGGGAUUUGAGAAGGGAGCGUCCCUCACCUAUGCCGAAAUCAAGGAGGAUCAGCAGUACUGCAACUGGGUGAAGCUCACAUGGCAGGAGAACCCAAAAUCCUGCUGCCCUCAGCUGGCACGCCUUGCCCAGUGGCUGUUGAACGAGAAUGUCAAGAUGGAACCGGACGAGAACCCCAAGACCUCAAAGGGUUACCCGAGCGAGCCCGACCUGAAGGUCAUCUCUCUCAAGAAAGAACCAUCACGCGCCGCCAGCAGCAGCGCUGCCAGCAGCAGUGUGCCCUCCUCAGCGAUUGUCGAUGUUCUCCAGACCUUGACCGAGACGGUGAAGGAGCUGAAGGACGAGAUCCAAGAUGCCAAGGAAGGGAAGCGCAAGGGUCAGAAGACCAGCUCGGACUCCGAGAGUUUCCACAAGAUCUGA